ACUGUCAAAAUUCGCGCGCUUUUAGUAAUCGUUAAUGUUGCUAUAUAGUAAGAAUAUUGCUGAAAACUUUUGAAAAAAAAAACCAAUUUCAUAUCUGAUUAUUUGUGUAAAGUGUAUAGAUAUAAAUUUGAAUAAUGCAUUAAAUUUUCUGAAAUUAGAGAAUAAUAAAAAACAAAUAAAUUUAAGAUUAUGCUUUUGAGAACCGUUGAUUUUUUUUAAAUAUCUUCUAAUAUGGCGGCUGGAAAGCUGCUGUGGCUUACGACUGCUUUGCUACGACUUUGGCUGGGAGCUACCGACUUGUGUUACGCGCAGUCAACACUCCUGACCUUCCAAGACCUCCUUCCUGAUGACCCCCGACUGUACGACAAGAUGCGCCCUCCUAAGAUCAACGACCAGCCCACCACCGUGAACUUCCACGUCACAGUAAUGGGUUUAGACUCCAUAGACGAGAACUCAAUGACCUACGCUGCGGAUAUAUUCUUCGCACAGACGUGGAAAGAUUUUCGUCUACGCUUGCCAGAGAACAUGACUUCUGAAUAUCGGCUGUUAGAAGUGGACUGGCUGAAACACAUGUGGCGCCCAGACUCGUUCUUCAAGAACGCCAAGUCGGUGACGUUUCAGACGAUGACCAUACCGAACCACUACGUGUGGCUGUACAAGGACAAGACCAUACUGUACAUGGUGAAGCUGACGUUGAGGCUGUCUUGCGCUAUGAACUUCCUCAUUUACCCUCACGAUACGCAGGAGUGCAAACUGCAGAUGGAGAGUCUGUCGCACACGACCGACGACCUGGUCUUCCAGUGGGACCCCGAGGUGCCGCUCGUGGUCGACGAGAACAUAGAGCUGCCUCAACUGGAGCUCGUGCAGAAUAGAACUGCUGACUGCACCCAAGUCUACUCCACCGGUAACUUCACUUGUCUGGAAGUGAUCUUCAAGUUAAAGCGGCGACUUGGCUACCACCUCUUCAACACUUACAUACCGACCUGCCUCAUCGUUAUCAUGUCGUGGGUCUCGUUCUGGAUAAAACCCGACGCGGCUCCAGCUCGGGUAACGCUGGGAGUGACCUCGCUGCUGACCCUGUCCACUCAGCACGCCAAGUCCCAGGCGCAACUACCUCCCGUGUCUUAUCUGAAAGCGGUCGAUGCAUUUAUGUCUGUUUGUACUGUGUUCGUGUUUAUGGCUCUGAUGGAGUACUGUCUAGUGAAUAUCGUCCUGGGAGACGGCGCUGGUAAGCCCAAGGAAGCGGCGGAGGCGGCUAAGGCCCGCAUGCGAGCCAUCAACAUCGACCGCUUCUCAAGGGUGUUCUUCCCCCUACUGUUCUCAGUGCUCAACGCGACGUAUUGGCUACAGUUCGCCCAGUACAUCUGAUCCGCUUAUACACGUAACGGCACUAUGUAGUCAGUGACGUAGUUGUGCACGAACCCUUCAAAGGGCUACGCGGUUUGAAUAGAUGGAACCGAUUUUAAUGAAGACAGAUGUAUUAAUGUAGAACUAGUGAUUGAAAGUUAGGAAGUAGUUUAAGGUUAUUUUUAAGCAAAUUGGAGGAGGACAAGCUACCUGCAUCCUAUUGCCUGGUUGUUCCCAUAGUUAAGCAGUAGUUACCGCUCCUGACUGUUAGGUCGUGGGCCAUAUCGGGAAAACCUUCGUGUGAUGAACAGAUGUUGUUGCUCUUUGUGCGGGUGUUAAAUAUCUAUAUAUGUAUACAUUAGAUACGUUCUAUAAGUAUGCAUGGCAGUCUCCCGUUCCAAUAGUACAGAGAAUCCUAAUUUUUGGGAACAGAUGACGUGUGUGACUAUUCCCUGGUUAAUUAUUAUACGUAUUAAUUAAGUAAAUAUUUUCUUAUCUUGAAACGCGAAUGUUCAUUGCGUUGUAAUAAUGCUUUUUUCGAUCUGUAACAUGGAACUCACGUGAAUUUACUGGUGGUAGGAAGUCUUGUUAGCACGCACGGGUAGGUACCACCACCCUGCCUAUUUCUGCCGUUAAGUAGUAAUGCAAUUCGGGUUGAAGGGUGGCGUAGCUGUGGUACUAUAAAAUUGGGACUUCGAACUCAUGUCACAAGAUGAGUAGCGACAUUUACUGAUGUCCAUGGACUCUGGUAACUAUAUAACACCGGGUGAGCCGUGAGCUCGUCCACGUGUCUAAGCAAUAAAAAAAUAUGAUAGUAUCUGAACACGGAGCUCAAAAAUGAACGUUCCCGAAAUUUUGUAAAAUACAGUGGAGAUAAAGAGAAACGGCUUAAACUAAAGCUAUAGUUGAGGUUUUAAAAGUCUUCUUAGCUCUAGCCUCGUAGAAGAAAAUCACCUUAUCGUAUAUAAUUUAGGUACUGUACUACUACUCACUAUAUAGACAUCAGCGGGGAAACUGACACAUUACAUUUAAUGAGCGCCCGAAUAAAAACCUAUAAAUCAUGUUGCGAGUUUCUAACAGACUUCAAAAACAGAAGAAGUAUAUUUGUGUAUUUAUUUUGGGUAUCCCUAUUUUUACGAGUCAUUUUUGAAUUGAAAGCUGGUGUUUUUUGUCUGGUACCAUUGGUCAAUAUCCGACCACUAGUUUUUGAGUUAUCCUUAAUAAGGAAUAUUGAUUUAGACUGAUUUAAUGAUAUUCCCCAUUUAUUUUAUUAAAGUCAUUCUUUUUUAUACCAUAUCGAGGGGCGAAAGUGCUAUUUGGCUUAAGCGACAUUUUGCUUAACUCGCGACAUCUUUGUAAUUAAAGGUGCGUUUUAUUUGAUAUUAGCAUAAAAAGUACGAUGUUUUUAAUUUGAACUUUAAUUAAGUUUACUCCAUUGAAAUAGCUGAAGAAGUAUUUUUGUUACGAGAGAGAGAGAGAGAGAGAAAGAGAGAAUACACUAUAAUGCACACCAAAACAUAAUUUACAUUAAAAAAACAGUCAAAAAGCAGAUAAAUUUAUAAAAUAGGCGGUCUUAUCGCUAAAAGCGAUCUCUUCCAGACAACCGUUUAAUUUACAGAAAUUCUGGAAAAUAUAAAAA